UGAGCAUGCUAUGAAGUCAGAGUGAUCACCGGGCGAUCUGACCGAUCAUAUCGCGAGAGGGUCAUCCUGGGACAGCCGCCAUUGUCCUGUUUGGUCUGAUGUGCCGGUGUGUGGUCACCGCAGUAGUGAUCAUUAUUAUGCGGCGGAGUAUUGAUAGUGAAGCAGUGAAGCAGAGUGGUCACCGAGGGAUGGCCGACCCUGCGGGGAAGCUUGUCGAUCAAUCAGGGGAAACCCGAAACUUGGACGGUCCUCGCUUCGCUUCGCUUCACCUCUCUUGACCUCUGCUCUGCUCCAGCUUCCCAGUUUCUACAUCCUACGUGGCCCCCCUCCUCUCCCUCCUUGCCCUGGUGCUCGUCCGAACCAUGCGGCUUUUCUCCCUCCUCCUGGUGUGGGCAGUCUCCCUCCCUCUCAUCACCGCCAAAUUCAGCCCGACCUGCCUGCGCGUCCUAACCGCCCUGACGAGCCGCCCCAACGAUCUCUUCAGCAAGUUCCAGCGCGAGAUCUGCGAUCAGGGCUGCCAGCCCACCGUACCGCACUGGGACCUGUGGACGCGCAACCACACCUUCCUCCCCGCCGUGCGCAGCCUAAUGCGCGACAUCGACAGUCCGCGGCAAGAAGAGGCGAUGGUGCGCCUGGGAGACGAUGUGGCAGACGUGAUCAAGCGACAGUGCGGGCCACUGCUUCAAGGGCGAGACAUCUGCGCGGACGAAGAAACGAUGGCGGCGUUCGGGACGUGCUUCAAGAAGGGGUUUGUACGGGCGGCGCUGACGAACCUGGGAACGCUGCUGCCGCUGGCGUCGGAGCCGGUGUGUCGGGAGCAGUACGAGUGGCUGCAGAAGGAUGAGUUGUGGGAGGAGAUCAUUCCGGGCAAGAUGCGCGAGUACGCGGGGGUGUGUCGGGGAUUGGAUUUGGGAAGGAUGGCGGUGGAGGAGAUGCUUUCGUUCUGAUGAUGAACCCCUCCAUUGUUGUAUUCCUGUACUGUAAUAAUGCUCCAUAAUACAAUAUCUGAA